AGAAAAAGCAGCACUAUAUAGCACCAUUGUCACUUAAUAGAGUUCUUAGGAAUAAGCAACCUGAAGUCAUGUCAAGAAAUGAUUCUAAGAAUCAACAUCUACCUGUGGAAAAAGUUAGAUCACAAAACGACAAAGGUAAGAGUCGAGCUACAGAUGUGAAUAUGAAAAUGGCUGAAUUUUUAAGACAGAAAUCUAAAGAGCACAACCUGGAACCAUCACGUAGCUCUGAUAUUCAAGUUGAUGUUAACAUUGAUGACAUCCAGGAUGAAGCGUACUUAAUCAGUUUGCGUGAAGAGGUUUCACAGCCAGCUUCAGCA